AUGGUACUCAACGACACAUCGCCGCUGUCCGAGUCCGAGAGCUCCAACGCGUCGUCUCAAAAUGGAUCUAAUUCAUACAACAGCGGCCACAUCCCAAUACCAGGGUAUCCCCUCGUGCUCAAGACCGAAUACCUUUCCCGCCCCGACCUAUUCACGCUGUACUUCGGCUUCGUGGGCCAACGCAACUGGCUGCACAAGAACAGCGCACACAUCCGCGACCGCAUUGAAUCCUGCAAAGUCAUGAUCAACCGGCUCCCCACCCAGGACGAGCUCGACGCCUUCGUCUACCACGGCAGCAAAUACAUCUACCACCAGCGCCUCGGCGCGCCCUACUCCGGCGCCAUCGGCACGGCGUACCUGUACUGGCGCGUGCGCAACUCAGGCGUUGUCGCGCACCUUGUCCCCGGGCUGAAACCGGGGCAGAAGCCGUCGCCGGCGCAGGUGCUUGCGGCUGUGAAGCUGUACUCGUCGAUCGAGCCGGCGAAUUUCAGACAGGUAAUGAUUCGGGGAUCGUUUAGGUGGUUCUUCUGGGUGGUGGCGGGCUCGAUGAUGACGAGUGUGUGGGGGAUGUUCCAUGAUUUGAAGGAGACGAUGGGCGAUCCAAGGCUGAAGCAGUUCUUUGCGGAGAUGAAAGACAAGGAUCCAGAGGAGGUGCGCAGGCGGAGGGUCCAGAGGGUUGCGGAGAGGACUAAAGCGGCCAAGGAGGCGGCGGAGCGGCGCGCGCAGGGCUUGCCGCCUGUGGAGGUGGGGAUGGGUCAGGGUGCCGGGGCGGGAGGGGGCUACGCUGAGAGCCAAGAGUAUGGCCAGGGUGCUGGGACGUAUGGAUCUUUAGAUUCUUACUCGUCUUCGUCUGCGCGGGAGUCCGUUCCGUCGGCGUCGUCUGAUAAGCCUGCUAAUCUGCCGGAUCGGAAUCUGGGGCGCUUGUACGGUGAUUCGUCCUCGACGGAGUCGAUGCGCGGUGCUACCACUGUCGAUCAGAGCAAAUCUACGGACUUUUUCGAAAGCGACGAUGCCAGCCCCGUUGCGGCGGAGUAUCGAUCUGGAGGCGGCUCGCAAGGAAGCGCCUGGGAUCGGAUCAGACAGCAGGCCGGCUCCGGCUCCGGCUCCCAAGGCGGACAGGAUAGUGGGCUAGGAUCGGCGUGGAAUCGGUCCGUCAAUGAGAGGCAACAGCGCGAACAGGAUAGUGGUCCAGGCUCAGCAUGGAGCGGGUCGUCGUCAACGCCAGACAGUGAGAGGCGACAGCGCGAACAGGCUCAGGCUGAAUUUGACCGCUUGCUAGAGGCCGAGAGAAACAUGGCCGGUGACUCUGAGGGGGGUGAGAAGAAGGGAUGGGGAAGAUGGAACUGA